AAAAAAAUAAACCAAUCUUAUCUUUAUGCAUUACUCCGGGUUCUUGAUUUUAAUUCUUGUUUUUACAGAUCCAAAAAGUAUUAUAUGCAAAUUAAUACUGAGGAAAAUAUGGGAACCUAGAGAAGACAAUCGAGGUCUAAUCUUUGAAUGGAUUCCUAAAAGCAUGGUUGACACAAGAAAUUAUACGAUAAAUAAAUAUGGCAUCAAAAUCAUUUCGACUAGCCCAAGUGAUAUCUAUAAAAUUGUCAAAAGUCACAAUCAUUAUCGAUGCCAUGUAUCCCCUCCUGCUUCUGACAUGCUUAAAUUAAGGUGGUUAGAAGAAGCGGCCCAUCUUGCAGUGAACAGAGUUGAACAAUGUUAUAAAGGACAUGACAGCGAAGGGGAAAGAACACCUCAAGAGUUCAAAGUUUUGGGAUGCGGUCAAAAUAUAGCUUACACGCCAAGUUUAGGCGGGUGGGAAGAUAUUAUAGUUAUGUGGUUCAAGGAAGGCGAUGGCUUCAGAUACGGAGGGCCUCAAAAUGGCCUACCAAUAAAGCAUUAUACCCAAUUAGUUUGGAGCUCGACAAACUACGUAGGCUGUGCAAUGGCUAUAUGUCCUAACGAUCCUUAUAAUCGAACUUAUCACUGGGUCUGCAACUAUUGCCCAAAAGGUAAUAUUAAAGGUGAAAUGGAUUUUCCGUACAUAGCCGGACACAAGCAAAGUUGCAAACUAUGUCUUGGGAGAAGAAGAUGCACGCGGGGUGACGAAUUUACCGGGAAAUUAUUUGAGAAAUGCGACUCAAUGUGCCAAAAUAUAUGGGGGUCUUGCAAGAAUCUUUACGAAAAAUACGGUUGCGCUGUCAACACGUCGUUGGCUUUAACAAUAGGACAAGGUUGUCCGCGACAAUGCAAUCUGAGAUGCAGAGAUGCAUACAAUUAUUUAAAAGAACAAAUGGAUGCAAAAAGAUUCCGGAAAAUACCCUAUUUUAUAGGUAAUAGGAUAUAGUGAUAUUUGUUUUAAUCGAACAAAGAACAAUCGCAAAUAUAGUUUUAUUCGUUAACUUCCAA